AUUUGAGCGUCAUAUUUUGAAAUGUUUAGUUUUAAUGUUUUUAAAUUAUAAAUGUUUACCCAGUGAUGCCCCAUAAGGCCUACUAUAAUAAUUAUGUAGUUACCUUGAUAUUAACAGGAGUUAUUAUGGGAGCCAUUUUAAUAAUUUCUGGAUUUGUGAGAUGGCGUACUCUGAUUGUAGCUGAAGCAUUGUCCUCGACGAAAGAAUGGUUCAAAGUGUUAGGAAUAUUCAUGAUGUCCAGCAACGCUGUAGGUUUUAUAUCAGUCCAAUCCAAGAGUAGAGGGUUGCGGUGGGUAUAUCUAGCGAUAACACUAAUAAUAGCUAUAGUGCUGAUAGCUCAUUCAUACGAUGAUUUGAAGAAUCGACAAAAAGUGGUACGAACGACUGAAGAGAUACUAGAAUUCAGCUAUCUCCAUUAUAAAAUGCCUCAUUAUCAAAAAAAAGUCGAUAACUUUCAAAGAAGGCAGCGAUGUUGUGGUUACAAUGGUACAAAUGACGUUCACGUGCAAACAGAAACCGGCCUGGUACUGAGCUGUUGUAGACCAAAGUAUACAACCUGUACCAACGAAACCGCAUUUGCACGUGGCUGUGUUACUAAAGUAGAGGUCUCCUACAAACUCUUAAUUAUGUGCUCUGUAAUGGGAAUUGUGGGGGCUCUUGGUCAUUUAUUAAUUAUAAUAUCUAUGGUAUAUUUAAGUGUAAAGCAUCUCUUGGAAGUUCACCAUAGAAAUACACUUUUUGCUGGUAGAGUAAACCGAAGCGAAUCUCGCAUUCGUGUAAAUCAAUCUGAUAGAGUUAGCAGCGUUAAUUUUCGAGAAGAUGACGAAGAUUUCGGUUAGUAAGAGAAAAUACAUGUAUCAUCAAUUUUAUGUAGAGCAGUAAGCACUAAACAUACCAUUUCUUUGAAGAGAAUACCAGAAUCGAGACAAAACAAAAAAUAUGAGAAUUAAACAUAAAAAUAAUAAAUAUCAACAGCAAAUAAGAUGAAAAAGUGUGAUCCAAAUAACACCUUUGUAGAGGUUAGAAGUGAUAGUAAAAUAAAUAAAAUUCAGGAACUUA